AUGGUGCCUAUACCCUUGCCGACGUUGGAAGAGUUCGCUGUUUGGCUGAAGACUCAACCAAACCCAAAACGCUACGAUGUCACUAUCGAGGAUAUGCCCGAUACACCAUGGUCAAGGUUGCCUCGAACGACUAUCGAUACUAGGCUGAAAGAGUUUGCGCAACGAAUAACCAUAUGUCUGGACAAAUAUCCCUACGACGACAAAGAACUCGACCAUAUCGAGAAAGCCGCGCAAUCGGUUUCUCAAGUCAAGCGAAGCCCUGCUAUGCAAGUGGCGUUUGUUGGUUCCCAAGCCGCAGGAAAGAGCAAGUUACUGUGCUCUCUUUUCAGUCUCGACGGUGUUUCUCCCACUGGCACCUCUGGCAAGGCUUGCACAAGUACAGCUAUCCGAUACAAGAACUAUGCAGAAGGAAAAGACGGUCCAACGAAAUUUCAUGGCCAGACUAGGUUUCUCAAGACGAAGAAACUUGAAGCCAUGUUCAAGGAGCUAUGUCGCAACUAUUACUACUUCCACCACGCCGAAGAGGACUCCGAAGAUGAAGAUGAUCCCGAGUCCGAAGAAGCCCCAGACCAAUCCAAGCUCGAAGCACUCAAGGACACAGCGGAAGACAUCCUGGUGGCUCUGUGGGGUUCCAAACAAAGUUUCCUGGAAAGCUGGAGCCCAUCCGUAUUCAAGAGCGGAGCGUUCGUAAGGCUUUGCCAGCUGAAGUUCAAAGAAGCAAUCGACUUCGCAAAUGUCGACAGUGAUAGUAUUGCAUACAUGAUGGGGAAUGAUCAACAUCAGCUCCUGGGCCAAAUGAUACGAUUUAUGUCACAAGUCGAGGGGGAGAAAUGUCUAUGGCCUUUGGUUGAUCACGUUAUCAUCAGCUUUUACAGUCAAUGGCUCGAACAGGGACUGGAAUGCAUUGACUCACCAGGUUUUGGUGACUCCAACCGUCAGCGAGCCCGACAUGCUGAUGAGAUUCGCGACAGUGUGCAGGUCGAAGUCAUUGUAUGCAACACGACACGUAUCGAGUCGGACGAGAUGUUCUUGCAACAAGCACGCACCGCGAUCAAUCUGCAUGGUGCAGAGAACGUGCGCUUGGUUGCUACCUACAUCGAUAUAAUCGACGACAAUCAAAAAGGUCAGAACGAAUGUGAGCCGUACAGCACAAUCAAUCGCCUGCUGGAAGAAACCCGAGAAAUGCUGGCAUCAUUAGACGACGAAGAUGACGUUGAACAAAUCGUCAAGCGCAACUUGCUCGAAAAGUACGAAAAGUAUCUGGAUCGUUGUGUCAAGCGACAUAUGAUAGCAGAACGUGCAGAGAGACUAACAAAAGCUAUCGGAGACAAACUGCAGGGGCGAUCGGCAGGCAUACUCCCACCGAUCAUUCAUACCUCACCAGAAGUGUACAUGGAAUGGCUGGAGAAGCCAAAAUUCACGUUCAAAGAUCAACCUGCUCUCUCAGUUGAAGAGACCGGUAUUCCACAACUUCGCAGAGAACUCCUUGCUCUUGUAGCACCCCAGAAUAUGCAAGACUACGAGAGCCACGUGUUCGUCACAGCGCCAGCCGUGAUUGAGAAGAUCAUACGAACAGUCAGGGUAGACAUCCAUGAGGGUGGGUUCGUCACGAUCGCCGACGCGUUCGAGGUAGUGGGACAGAAGUUCAUGGUACCUUGGAAAACUGGGGUGAUGAAGGUCUUCCAAGACAUGUCAGAGAAGAGCAUGAAGAAGCUAAGAGCAGACAUACCUGCUCUACAGAAUCGCAUCAACAUGAAAGUGGAAGAGUGGUGCAAGUUGAACUUUGCCGCAUUCAACAGAGCCAUGAAAGGAAAAGGUGCCCUUCCAAACGGGAAGUCGUACGCUAAAGCCCCUCAGAGCGGUCGUAACUUGGACAAAGAACUUUCAGAUAUACUGACUCCGGGUAUCUCUAAGUGGGCAAAUACACAUGCUUCCUUUAUGGCACACAUGGAAGAAGUAUUUUGCAAAGCUAUCGACCAACUCCAUCGGCGCGUAAUCAACGAACUCGACGAUGCCGGUGGCAACAUGGUUACGGUCGAAAAGGCCAAGGUUAAGUGGCAUAACGACAAGAACAGCUAUCCGGAAAAGAUCAAGACCGAUAUGAUGGUGCUGGUGACUGAUAUUCAGCGACUGACGAAGCGCGCUUCAGACUGGGCUGUCAUGAAAGAUGGCAGAGAGAACAACCUCGUUGGCUCUAUCACCAACGAAUGGUAUGACGACAUCCAUGACGCUGCACCAAAACUGAAGCCACCGGUUCCAGGAAGGAAGCAAAAGAAGGUUUACGAGAAGCCGGGACGAUUCCAGUUCCAGAAGAACCGUAUGAAGUCACACUUCUCUGGCUCGAAAGUCCAGUUCGUUGAGCACGCCUUCCAGAAGCUCCAGGCAAAAGUCGAUCGAGACACAGGGGCUUUGGUCGACAAACACUUCGAGAGAAUCAACGACAUACUAUCAGAAUUUGCUGAACACCUUCGAGGUCGGAAGAUGCUCGACUAUCAGAUCAGCGAGCAUGGACGAGCUAUUCGCGCCGAUCUGAAAGAGCUACUCCCACACCUCCAGGACGAACUUCAUCAGAUACAGAGCCUUUUUCCACGGCGUGUGAAGGAGGAAGACGGCGCUUCGCCAUCCAAGUUCGCCAACUACGCCGACUUGAACGUCGAUGACGCGACCUUCCCCGAGAUCUACGAUAGGGUGAUGAAGAUGAAGAAGCCCGCUCAAGCUCCGAAGCGCAGUACGAAACGCGACGAUGAUCCCAAGACGAAGCGCAUGAGAAUCGAGCAGUCUUGA